CCCCCCCCCCCCCACGUUCUUUGAAUUUCUCUUGGAAAGAAGAGGUAUUCCUGUCCUCCUUCUGGUCACAAAGUUCCUGUAGCCAUGCCAAGUAAUUUCCCACAGUUCGCCGGACCUUUCCUUCCGCCCAGCUGAAUAACAGGACCCUCCAGGAUACGUUAGCUAAGAGGGUGUGAUCCCCUGUCUCUGGUCCUGCUCCUUGCAGUAAACAGCGUGACUCACAGCAAUGCUAUGCUUUCUCUUUACAUAAUAUUUCAUCAAAUGUGCUGCGCUGCUGUGCGAGCAGAGCUGUAAACAGUGGAAAAACGGCUUCUCUCCCUCCCUGUAAGGAUGUGAAAGCCACACGGUGAUUAGAAAAAAAGUUUAGGCAUUCACAAAACGGAAAUUAGCAGCUGCGGCGAGACCAGCACGCCGUUCCUGUGAUCUCUGCUGAGUGGAGUGUUUGAGCUGAACGAAAGGAGAUGGGGGAAAAAACAGGAGCCAUCAAGCAGGUUUCUGAUUCAGUGCGGUGAGGUAAGCCUAUGUACGCGCUCUGCAUAAACUGGCUGUCUCAGUAACUUUGUUCAUUGUAAUUAAGCUGUUUGGAUGUCUGGAGAAACAAGCUUUGGGAAUUCGUGCCUGUUUUGAAUGUUUUAUUUGUUGUGUCGUAGUCACUGCUCAGAAGUAUCCUUUUGUCAGAAAUGUAUUUUUGUACACUAAGCUGGCUGAUGAAAUUGGUAGUUGACCAACUAGGCAGGUUCACUGUUGGUGUGAGAUGAACUGCAUGUAAUUUUUGAGGAAAAAAAGAUCUACUCUGACUUUAUCAUCUGCCAGAUCUUUCACUUCUGUCUUAGUCUGGAUUUGCAAUCUGUGUGGCAAGAUGAGAAUUUACCUUCUAAACUCAAACCACGCAUGUGGUCAGCCAACUUUCCCAAGAAAGUUUUCUUAGCAAUUUUAAUAUUUGUUUUGAUAGUAGUAAAAAUAGAGAGACUUUCGUUGCUCAUUUUUUGUUUGCUGGCUCAAUGUUAUAAAUUUCUGAACUGAAAUAAAUAGACAAUAGUUUUGCAUCGCAAUGAGAUUAUAGCUUUUGGCAUUUAAAAGAAAUAUGUAUGACCAGAAUCCCAGUCACAAACAUCGUUCUGUUGAAAUUUACAGUUCUUAAUUCUUGCUAGAUUUGCAUCUCUUGUUUGUUUUUAUUUGAAGAUGAAUUCCUGCAGUUUCUCAGGGUUUACAGUCUGUCUGUAAAUCGUGUAUGGAAGCCCACAGGUGGUGGUGAGUGAGGGUGGGUGACAGACACAUUUGAUGGUGGGCUGUUGCUCCAUCUACAGCUUCCCAGUGAAGGUUAGGUGCGGCUGACUCACAGGAACGCUAUGUCACAGCGCUGGAGUCUGCAGCCAUGCGGUCUGCCGCGUGUGGGCAGGAGGCUGUCCCAUUCUCGGGCUGACUUUGCACGCCUCUUAAAUUUUUUUGUUUUUUUUUUGCCGUCAGGAGCCUUGUGUAUCAGAGAUCCCCAAUGGCCCAGUGGUUUCCAAGUUACAAAGUUUGUUAUGGUAAUCUAGCGGGUGAAUGUUUUCCAUCUUGCCCCCAUUUUGCAGUGUAAUACAUUCCUUAGAUUUCAGUUAGGUUUGGAAUUUGUUAGAGUGUUGGAAGGCCUUCGGUUCACACUGUAAAUCACACUGACAGCUUCGGGGAUCCCUGCCUCUUAAGCAUGUCACAGUUUGUCUGAUCUCUGUUCAGAUUUGCAUGACUUGCAUAAUUUGGCCAACUAUUGAUAUCACAUGACAAGCUGAACACUGCUAUUCCUCCAAUAUUUUUUGCCAGUACUCUUGUCUACACAGAAGUAAUAUAUACAGUUACGACUUAUCCCUGACAGAGAGGCUUGCAUGUUAAUUGUUUGCAUAAUGUUUUAGAAGAACUGGAAUAGUGGUUGAAGAUGCUGGAAUAUGGUUUUCAUGAAUGUUUACCUAUAAUGAUGACAAGGAUUAAUGUAGUUCUUUCAUUUCAAGUAAUUAAUUUCCAAACCAGAAGCCAAUCUUGUCAUAUUAUUAAUUUCUUUUAUAGUUGCAAUUAAGUCUAACGUGUCAGGCAUUGUUAAAUAUACUAAUCAAUAAGUAUAUAGGGGCUAUAGAGAUAUGUUUGCAUAUCUGUGAAAUAUAUUAUGAAGCAAUUCUCUCCUUUUAAACGGAGACACAAAGUGUUAUUCAAGUUUGUGCUACAGAAUGUUAUUUGUGAAAGAAGCCCAGCAUCUGACAUAGCUGUCCCCCCACCGGCGAGGUGCUGUCCCCCCCCCCAUUUGCUCGCAAUGUGCAGUGGUUACUUUGCCAGUUAAACCAGAACUAGAAAAGAAUCGCGGAUCUUCCUGCUUUUUUUCCUUCUCAUUUCAGCAAAGCAGGCACAUUUCCUUGUUGCUUUCUGAAUACCCCUAAAGAGAAAUGACUCCCGGUAAAAGAACAGAAGGGCUGACUCCAUUGGCUUUGUGCUUGUAAUUAAUCUGUAUUUCAUCUUUCCUGUAAUGACAAAAUCAGCUUUUGUAUGGGUGAUUUAAAAAAAAAAAAAAAAGAAUUUAGCUCUACUGCACUGACUGGCAGCUGAAGCCAUUGGGUGGCCAGGUAUCUGAUGGUAACCAGUGUGUCAGAUGGAGAAACACCCCCCCCUCAGCUUGGGGACGAUGAGAUGUGCAUUCCUGAGAAAUCCAGCCAGCGCCGGGAAGGUGUUGGAUUCCGACCACGCUGCUUAUGUGGCAAAUACCGUUUGUAUUGUCCUUUUGUUUGUGGUAAACUGAAAGAAAUACAACAAACUUUGUGUUUAAAAAGUCCUAAGAGGAAUCCCCCACUUAGUGUGGGUGCUGGUGCAUCAUUAUUAUUAUUUUACUUUUUGCUGUAGAAAAAGUGUCAAGUUUGCAAAACUUGUCAGUCCGUCAGGUUAUUUAUAACCAGGAAAGUUAAAUAAAGACAGGCGAGAUGCUUUUGCAGAGCGUGCCGGGUAAUAGGAUCUCGCUGGCGGAGUCGUGGCCUAAAUCUGAUAAAGAGCAUUGUCUGACAGAAAUGCCAUGCAAUGCAGACUGUCAGCGUCAUGCAGAUUUUGUCCGUGUUGUUAAAAGUGUUAGUUGUUGGAAACACGCAGUUCUUUUAUGCGUUUUCACCUGUUUGUGUGUUACAACAACCGGACUUUACUCCAAAAAUUGUUUUCUGUGAAAUGUCAACUUUUGGUGGGAUCUUUUUUUCCCAUUUGCCAGUUGUGCAGAAGUAUGAAGAACAUAACAAUCUGGCCAAACCGGAACGUUAGCAUGCUAGAAAGAGUAUACAUGUAUUUGUUGUCGCAUCAUGUGAAAGCGAACAUUCGCGUGUUUUCUUUCCUCUUUUCAUUUUAUGUGGUUUGUGCGCUCUUGUGUUGAGCGAGCUGCCCGCCCUGUUUGUGAUGUGCCUUUCGCAUCGCCUCAGCCCUUUCAACUGAAGGGCGCUAAUGUGUACCACGUGUGCGACCAUGUUGUGAAUGAGCCUGUUUACUCUCUGCUCACCCAUGUGACCAAUUUUCCGGCACUGAUUUGAUGUUGCUUGGUUGUGGUUGGGGGGUGGGUGGGGUGAUUCUCUCUUCUGGAUAUUUCCAUGACAACAGGCAAGGGACAACAAAGAAGCUCCUUGAAGGUCUAGUGUGGACGGUGGCAUUCGCAGGCCAAUGCGGACCCGAGCCUUUCCUCCCUGAGGCCCUGUGCCGAUGCUUUUCACGGCGUGGCUGGUCCCACAGGUCCAGGAUUCAGAAGCCAAUGAUUCUUCUAGGAACUGACUUCCUCGCAUUUCUGAGGGAUUCUGGACAGCUGGAUGCACGCAGGGCAUGACGACGCAUUUUAAAGCUUUACAGGUGAAAAAUGAGGCGGAGGAGAAUGCGACCGCCCUCAGCGAUGACGAGCUGGUGGCCAUGUCGGUGCGGGAGCUCAACCAGCACCUGCGCGGCCUCACCAAGGAGGACAUGGUGCGGCUGAAGCAGCGGCGGCGCACGCUGAAGAACCGCGGCUACGCCGCCAGCUGCCGCAUCAAGCGCGUCACGCAGAAGGAGGAGCUGGAGCGGCAGAAGGCGGAGCUGCAGCGCGAGGUGGACAAGCUGGCGCGCGAGAACGCCAGCAUGCGGCUGGAGCUGGAGGCGCUGCGCUCCAAGUACGAGGCCCUGCACUGCUUCGCCCGGACCGUCACCUGCAGUCAGCUCUCGCCCAGCAAAGUGGCCACCACCAGCGUCAUAACCAUCGUCAAGUCCACCAAUCACAGUCCUGUCUCCACCCCUUUCUCCGCCCCCUCUUAGUGAUGGCCGGGGAGGGCUCCUUUUCUACGCCUCCCGCCAGUCGGAUGCAUAUAUCAUUUAAAGGGUCCCGUGAGGAUUCUGACAUUGUCACAGACUUUACCUGUUCCCUCUUCCUCAUAUAAUCUGCAUCGCUUGUGCCGAUUACAGUGUCAUCGCAAGCUGAGCUAUAAACCCACGGCCUCAGUGGGCCAAAGCUAACCCUUGGUUGUGUUCCUGAAGUAAUGCAAACAAAAUAUGCAGCAUGUCUCUGUGACACAUCAAAUGAUUGUGUGGGUUUUUAUGAUCACAGAGACGGCUGCUCCUCCGACAGUUACAUUUCUGCAAAGAACAUGAAAUAGCUAAGAAUCUGAACUGAAGUGGAUGGAUGCAGACCAGUUCUCAUUCACGGUAUCUUUUUUCCAUGUAAUGCCUGAAACAUUUCCUAUUUUUUUAAUACUCUGUCAGGUCCGAGAUCGUGAGUUUUAUACAUUCCACAGCAAUGUAAACAUAAUGUCAUCCUCUUAAUGCACCUAUAUAUGAAUAGGUGUUUAGAUAGAUUCACUUGGAAUCAAUUGCGCAUAACCGAUCUUCAAAGACAGGCAUGAUACCUGAGCUGUCUGUCUAUAUCAGGUAUAUUACAAUUGUUCUAGCAGUGAUAGAAUUGGUUUUUUUUUUUAUCCAUUUACUCAUACAAGCCGCAUAUAAACUUUCUUGUCACUAUUAAACCAAAAUCAGUGGUGAAAAGUCAGACUAUACAUUGAACUAAAUAAAAACACAGGGUGUUCUUGUGCGAACACAGUCAGAGGGAGUAUCUCAGUGAGAAGUAAGACCUGAGUAAAACCUGAAAUCUACAUCCAAGCUGUUUUGGCAGGAAGGAACAUGGCUAAUUUAUAUAACAUAUAUGUAGUGUGUUUGUGUAUAUAUAUGUAAUAUAUACGUAUAGAUCUUUGUAGUUAUGUUUCUCCUGAGCUGUUAAUAUUGUAUUGUGUUAGGUAAUCCAUAUUGGAUAUGGGAGGUUUCAUUAUAAAAAAAAUAAAAUAUUCAGUUUCUGGGUAGACAGCACAGGCAUAAAUAGCUAAUUUUCUGAGUUUCGCGAAAUGAAAAUUGGCUGUAAUUACAGGCCAUGUCUUUUAUGUGGGAACAUGUCACCCUUUUGAUGUCGCUCCUACUGCUCGGUCUCUGCAAAGCAUCACUGCUGAUGUGAGUCAAAAGCACUUGAUGGUUUUUUUUUUAUGUUUCAUUUUUAGAGAUGAACAUUUGGGUGAAGAGAGGAGGGGGGGAGGGGUAACUGACACAGAUACAGAAUCUUUGUCGCCCCCUGCCAGUGUGGAUAUAUUGGAUGAUGCAGUGUGAUAAAUGGGAUCCAUUGCCCAAGCUUGCUCGCCGUCCAGUGAUGUCACACUUGGGGAUUAUGGGAGUCAUCAGUGUUUCCCCGUGGAGACGACUGCACUUCCCUUCUUGGUUAGAUGCCAUUAAAGAACGGGCCAUUUUGCUGCUGUAUAGCCCAAUGCGUUACUAUCAGUCUCUUUGCUCUUGUAAUUUUUGUUUUUCAUGUUAUUUUCCUUGAAUCGUUUGAUCAUGAUCAUCCUCUAUUUUGCUGUAUAUUAAGUUAAUCCUAUAAUAUAUGAAAUAGCAAUCACUGUUCCAGUUUCAGAUUUCUUUUUAGACUUUAUAAUGUUUGACACAUUCUUGGGGUUAAAAGUACAUUUGUCCCAGAAGAACUAUACAGCUUCUUGAAUGCAGUAAUGUACUUGACUAAAACUGGAGUGUUUGUAUGAAAUAGAAUCCAAUAUAUUCCCCAUUUCUAUCAAUAAUUAGGACUAAUUAAUCUGGGAAUUGUCCAUAAUCUAAUCAGCAGCGAGAAGCCUUUGAACAAUAGAUGUUAUUGUUACAAAUCCUAUGAAUACUCAGUCUGCUAUUUGAAGAGGAAAGGUGUUUUUUCUUGUCUUUCCAGCACUUAUUGUCCUGCAUGUGAGCAUCAUUCUGUGUUAAGCUUACCCCCUAAAACAAAAGCAUUUGACAUAAUUUCAUUUUAUUUUUGUAGUUAUUUUGUGGUUUGUUGUCCAUAAUGGUUCAUUGGUCACAUGAUCAGUAUAAAAUACUGUAAUUCCUUCCUGAUGGAAGCGAAGAGAGAAAUAGUUUUGUCUUAACAGAAUUUGUAUUAGCAGAAUGAUGGUGUCUUUCUGUACUGACACCUAGUGGCGAACUCGUGUCUCUAAGACAUAGUAUAAAAUAACUGGAUAAGAUUUAUUUAAGGCUGCUCGUUCUUCUUUCCUCCUGUGUUAACUGCUCGUCUGCCCCUAGUUCUCCAUUGGCCAGGUACUCGCCCUGAAUCACGGGAUAAUUGGUCACACAAGUGAGAGCUAACAGAGAAUGGGCAUUUUCUGUUUUAGGGCUCAAGUCAGUUAUCGCCAUGAAGCAAGGAAGCUAGACAUAAACAAGGGGUGUUGAACAAGGGUGCAAAUACAUCUCUCCUUUUCUGCCCUGUUCUUGAGUGUAUGUACUGUAUUUUUAUGUUAUGGUUUAGUUUGUUUUUACUUCGUAGUACUAUGUUUCAUUUGUAUUGGAAUACGCAAACAUGAUUGAAAGCAGUUUGUCGGUAUAUGAGAACUGAGAUCAUUCUGUCUUUAUACUUUAUGGUCUAUUUCCUGAUAGCAGUCGCUGUUAAAUUAUUCAAUAUUUUCGAUAUAUAACAGUUUCUAAGUUAUACUCUGUGUGUUUGCUCUGAACACCAUUCAAGCUCCUUGCCAAACACGCACAAACACAUAAUCCCAGUUAAUUUGUGUGGUGCAUAAUUUGCACUGAAUGCAUUAAAAAUGAGACAUGAAGUAUGCUGCUUAAAAAAGACUUUGGACACAUCGAUAUACAAAGAAUUUAAAAAGAUGUACUUAACAAAUGUUAAUGUGUCCUAGUAUGGUUUGCAUAAAAUUUUUAAGAGUAUGAUGAUUGACAUGGUCUGGUUAUCUUGGAUAUGAUGGAUACAAAUUUUGUUUCUUUUUUGUCGCUGUGAGGUACACAGAUGGUGCAGUGAUCCAUACUGCAGUACCACUGGCAUCAAUUAAACAGCUUUAAACACCAGUAAACUAUCUUACAGAAACUAUGGUCUUUGCAUCGUAAUUCAGUUUAUUAGCAUCUUAGUUAUUCAGAGUUUUCACUUUUAUCUAAAUUAUUGGAUUUAAUUUACUUCCUAGUUUGAUGGCUGUAUAUACAAAGAAAAAAUAUUUUCCAAAACAUUUUUUUUCCAUACUCUGACUGAAAAUAUAAUUUAUUGCUGUAAAGAAGAGUCCAUUGUGCCUGUUUUGUACUUAGGUGCUGAAAAUAAAGCGUUUUCUCAUUAAAA